AAGCACUCAUGCUUUUUUUAAUAAAAAUUUCAUUUCAUUUUGAGAAAUUGCAUUUUUUUUUUAGUUAUCAAUCUAUUUAAACAAAAAUGGAAGUUGAUAAUAAUAAAUAUAUCGAUCAUCUUCGUUCAUAUUACACAACCGUUUUAUCGCAGAUAAUCACUAAUGAUGGUCGUUUUUUGCUGGCUGCUAUUAAAAAUCGCCAAUUAGCCGUUUUUUCAGUAGAAAAAUGUCUCAAAGAAUUUCAUCGCGAUGUUGUUGAAUUAAUACCAAAUAAUAAUGGUGAUGAUUUAGUUUCGAAUUUUUUGUCGCAUCAAAAUCGACGACGACCGAUUAAUGUGUUUCCUAUGGAACGUAUAACAUGUCUACAUUCGAUGCAAACAGCAAAUAAAAUGAAAACAUUCCAUUCAGAUUCACAGUAUAGAUUUAUUGUUGGUGGUGUUGGGCGGCUGAAAACGUAUCGUUUGUCGAUGCAGAAUCUUGAUGAAUGUGAGCAAGAAUGGAUGAUAAAGCUACCAAGCGAUUCAACCAUGAUUAAUGCGAUAACUAUGGCUGGUGAAAAUAGAAUUGUGGCUGGCUGUGAAGAUGCAAAUAUCUAUACGUUCGAUUGUGAAACACAACAACAAACGGCUAAAUUUUCAGAGCAUAAUGAUUACAUUCAUAGUUUAAAAUGUUCAAACCAUGAUUCCGCUAGUCCACUGCUAUAUUCAUGUGGCGAAGAUGGCCGAAUUUUAGGCUGGGAUUAUCGAUCAUCUAAUAAACCGAUUAUAUCGCUAGAACCAUUUCGGAAUCCAGAAUUACGACGCACCCAAUAUGGCAAAUGGAUCGGUUCUAUUGAUGUUACCGAUAAUAACGAAUGGAUUGUAUGUGGCGGUGGUCCGAAACUUUCAUUAUGGCAUCUACGUUCUGCCAAAUGUGCUCAUAUUAUCGACACACCAGGCGUAGUUUAUUCUACUCGAUUUAUUGCCGAUAAUUCUAAAGUAAUGGCUGCAGGAACGGCCAAUCAAGUUAUUAUUUGGCAGUUGAAUGAUCCUAUGAAUCCUCAACACAUUGAUUCAUCGAUCAAUACCAUCUAUUCUAUCGGCUAUCAUCAUUAUGAUAAAUUUGAUUAUGAUCUCUAUUCAUUUUCUGGUGAUAGCUAUCAGAUUGAAGUCUGUAAAAAUGCCAAAUUUAUUGAUUGGAAACUUUAUGUCUCUUAACAUGUAUUUUUUGUCCAUUUUAUAUUCAUUUAAUUUAAUUUAUUUUAA